AUGGCGGACGUCGCCACGUGUGCAGCUCCGCCGAUAGACCACACGCAUUUGCACCAGCACGCGCAGCUCUCGCAGCACCAUUCCCCCCAGCAGCAGGGAGCAGUCGCGGAAUCGCGCGGAGGCCACUUGACCCGCCGACUGCUAAGCCUCGCCUUGCCGCUCCGCGCUUCUGCCAAGCGCACCAUGCCGCCCGGCGAUUCGCCCAGGCGUCGCUGGGUGGUGGAAGUGCCUCUGUCCACCGCUCUCAACGCCACCGACCGCGAGUCGACGGCGGCACUGGGUCGAUGCGUUGAGGACGCGUGGACUGUGGUGCAGCGCGCCGUUGCUGACGUGGCUCGGCAACAAGCCACGUCGCAGGUGGUACUGGUGCUGGUGGCGGUGGUGCCAUCGUCGGCCGCGAGAAUUCCCGGCGAAGGGGAUAGGGGGGAGGAGGGGAAGCAAGGCGGCGAGCGCGAGGGGGAGGAAGGAUUUGAGGCGUGGGUGGUGCAGCGCGUGCUCCGACCGCUGGUGCAGCGAGCGACACGAGCCAAGGUGCUGGCCGCCUUCCACGUGGAAAGGGCAGCGUCGCAGGGCGGAGCUAGCAGUUCACGUUUGCCACAUCAGCAGCAGCGUGUGCACGGCGUGUGUGCUGCUGCGCGCCACUUCGACGCCGCGCGCGUGUACCUGCCAUCCAACCUCUUCACCGCAUCCAACUCCGUGGACUCCGCCGCUGAAUCUUCCGCCGAAUCCGCCGCUUGCCAAGCUUCACAGGCAGCAGAAUCGCCCCGCGCAGCCCUCGCGCCUCCCCCGUCGCCUGCGCUGAUCCGCGCGCUGCUGCCCCCCCAGUGCGCGCUCAUCAUGACCGCCUCCGCGCGCCAUCAGCCCGACGGGGCGAGAAUAAGCGGGGGGGCGGUCGGUGAGGUGGGGCGGGGGGGAGCAGGCCUCCGCGACGGCAGUGGCGGGCGCGAAGGGUUAACGGCGGUGGCAGGCGCCAGUGACUUCCACGGCGACCUGUUCCCGUCGCUCUCUCACACCACGACAGCUGGUGACGGCGGUGCUGCUGGUAGUGUUGUUGGUGUUAGUUUUGGUGGUGUUGCUAGUAGUGACGGUCGUGGUGGUGGUGGUGGUGGCGCUGCUGCUGCUGGCUCUGCACGUGGCGCUUUGGGCGAGGAGGGAGGACGGCGCGGGUGGGCUCGGAGUGGAAGUGUCCCCGCUGCUAUCGCACGGCCGCGCCCGCAGCAGCCGACCGCACAGGGGCCGACGAUGCGGCAAGGCCAGGGGCAGGCGCAACGGAUGGGGAGAGAAGCAGGCGGAAGCGGCGCAGGAUCAGCGGGGGAGAUUGCUUCCGCUGAGCGGAUGCGUAGGGCGCAGGAGGAGCGCGGUGCGGUAAUGAGAGGCGACGGCGGUGACAGGGUGGGGCUGGGGGAAGGCGAUGGAAGGGUGGCGGGGGGGAACGGCGGAAGUGCGCAGUGGCGCUUACAGAACUCCGCCAUGCCGCUGCAGCGCCGCGCGGGGGGAGGGGCGCACGACGGCAGCGGCGCGACUCGUAGUGCUGAGCGGGAACAGCCUGUGCCAGGACCCACGUUAGCGGAUAGGCAGUCGGGGGCAGGGAACUCAAGGAGUGGGCCACUGCCGGCUGUGCCGCCAGCAGAGCGCGGUGCUGCUGGCGGUGCGGGGCAGGGGCGGAGAGGAGGGGAGGGCGCGGGAUGGAUUCGCGGGGGCACGGGUGGCGAGCAGGAUAGAGAGGGCGGAGUAGUGAGACAGGCAGGCGGCGCUGGGCAGUCGGCAGGGGGCGCGCGGUCGGGGCCAAUGCAGCUGCUGGGUGCCGCCACGCAAGGGUGGUCGCAACCUGGGAAGCAGCAGCUGCAGCCGCAGCAAGGGGUGCAGCAGCGGCAGGGUAAGGGGGAGCGUGAGCGGUGGCAGGGUGUGUUAGCGGGAGUGGGCGGCGGAGAGGCAUGGGUGGAGGCAGCGGAGGUGGAUUCGCAGCUGACGCAGUGGCUGCUGGGGAAGGCGGCGCCCGCGCCCCUGUCCCCGUCCCCGUCCGUCCCUCCGCGCUCGCCUCACUCUCUCAGCGCAGGCCACGGCAUGCCGUCGCCCCUCUCCUCCCCGCCCCCCGCCUACCCCGCCUUCGUACCCGCCAGCCACACCAUGCCGAUAGGGCCGUCGCCCCCAGGCCACGCCAUCCCCCCCUCCGUCUCCGCUCCCCCGGGUGCCCCCAUGCCGGCUCCAUGCGCGGCCACCGCGCCCGCCACCCCUCCGCACGCCGCACAGCGCGUAACAGGGUCAGGCAGUGGCAGUAUCAGCGGCAGGUAUGGUGAAGAGAAUAUGCCUGUCAAUCCUGCAGCAGCAGCCGCAGCAGGUGCUAGUGCAGGCGUGACAGCAUACCACUCCCCCGCCACCACUCCUCCUUCUCUUUCUCCUUCCCCGUCGACCCUCACGGCCCCCCGAUCCCCCUGGUCUCUCCCGCGCGCUCCCCGCCUCCCCGCCGCCACGCCGCUCCCCGCCGCGCCUCCGCCGGUGGUGAAGGAGCGCGCCAAGGGCGGGUUGUUCCAGCGCCGCCACCUCAAGCGCGGCGGCAGCGAGGGCUGCCGCAGCGUUCUCGACGCCGUCGCUGUAGCCUCCUCCGCCCGCUCCCCCGCCGUUCCCCCUUCCGCGCAUUCCUCCUCCGUGCUCCCCAUCUCCCCCAUUUCGCCUCACACAUUCUCCGCCUCACUCUCCGCCGCCGUCUCCCCCAUCCGCGCAUCGCUCUCCCCGGAUCCCUCCACCUCCGCGGGCGCGGCACCUGGCGCGCUCAUAUGGGGCGGGGAAGUGUUUCCGCAUGGGGCGUGGAGCGGAGGUGGCGCGGCAGGAGUGACAGGGGAAGGGGUGAGCGAGGAGCGCGAGAAAGGGGAGCGGGAGAUGGCAGGGCGGCAGCUGGUGGUGCAGGUGCGGGAGGUGGAAAAGGGGGAGGGUGGGCGCAAGGGGCCAGUGGCGGGCGGGAAGGGGGAGGUCGGGGAGGAGGGCAAGGGGAGGAAAGAGGCGCCUUGCCCGAGCGAGGGGGAGGGCGAGAAAGCACGAGAGGUGGUGGCGGCGGCGGCGGCGCGGCGGUGGUUGAUGGAUGAAUUGGCGGCGCUGGGCGUGGACAGCGGGGAGGAGAGCGGGGCGGGGGAGGGGGAGGAGGAGGGGGAAGGGGAGGGCGCAAGGGAGAAGGGCGCGCGGGAGCGGGGCGUGCGAGUGAGCGGGCUGGAGAGACGCGUGGUGAGCCGACGGUCGCCCACCAGAGAGCAGUGGGCGGACGAGGUGACCAUGUCUGUACCUCCAGUCCCCUUCCCCCGCCCCCACGGACCUCAUCUCCCCCAUGUCUCCCUCUCCUUCCCCUCUCCCCUCCUUGCCUUUCCCCCCACUUUCCUCUCCCCUCACUUUCCCCCCGUCCCCUCCUCUCCCCCGUCCGUGCCGUUACAGCGUAAUCCCAGCCGUCUAUCGCGCUCCUCGCUCUCCCUGCCGCGCCACUCCGUGCCACUGCCCGCCCAAGUGAACCCCCCAGCACCCGCGCCUGCCGCCAGCUCCUUCUCGGGUCCGCUUCGCCUGGGCGCCGCCAAUACCGCGGGCAGCGCGGGCGCCGCCAGCAGCGCGGGUAGACGGGCGGCGGGCGCAGGGGAGCGACAGGGCGAAGGGGGAGCGGGAAGGGAGGGGAGUGAGAGGCAGCGAGCGUGGGAGGGGGCAGCAGGGGGGGCGGGCGAGGAGAGCGGGGAGGGAUGGGGGAUUGGAGAGCAGCAGGUGAACGCGCAUACUGGCGGCAGUGGUGGCGUUGAUGGUGCCAGCGGGGAUGGUGGCGGGGGUGCGUCCACCACGUUGCUUGAGCGCCCGCCCUCCCCCGCUCCCUGGGUCCCUCGCCCCGGCCAAUCGUCCGCGCGCCUCGCGCGCACCAGCAGCUCCAUCUCCUCUGCUGCGCGCCCGCCCUGCGCUGCUGCCCCGGGGGGGCGACCUGGGGGGAGCGUGGGCGGGAGCGCAGGCGGAAACACAGGCGGAAACCCAGGCGGGAGCAUGGGGGGGGGCAUGGGGACAAACAUGGGGGGGAGCAUGAGCGGCAGUUGGAUCAAUCCGAACAUGCGCGCAGGCACAGCGGCGGCGGGGGGGAGGGGGGUAGCAGGGGCGGGGAGGCAGGGACAACCGGGCAUGGGGGGAGUGCGGCGGCCAGCAACAGGAGCAGGCAGCGUAGGCAGUACGGGCAUGAGGGGCAGCAUAGGCGGGAGGAGUGCGAGCAUGGAGGUGGCGCGUGCGCGGCUGCUGGCAGAAGACGCGGCGCUCACAGACGCCAUCCUCACGGGCGCCCUCAUGCCGCCCCCCGCCUCCUCCUCCUCCUCCGCCUCCCUGCGCUUCCCCCAGCGCGCGCAGCAAGGCAGCACUGCCAGUGCUAGCAGCAACGGCGGUGGUAUGGUGGGUAGCAGCGUGGGCGGCAGUCACAGCAUCAGCGUGGUGAUUGGGCGGCGCAGCGUUGACGGCAGCAGCAGCGGCGUGGUUCUGCAGAGACAGGGCAGUGCGGCGCUCAAACGACAGGGUAGCAUGCGGCAGGGUGGUAUGGGGCAGAGCGGCGGGCAGGGCGGCAUGGGGCAGGGCGGCAUGGGGCAGAGCGGCGGGCAGGGCGGCAUGGUUCAGGGCGGCAUGGGUCAGGGCGGCAAAGGGUUGAGCAGGCAGAGCAGCAAUGCCUCCCACAGGCUCAGCAGCAGCAGCAGCACGGGCAUGCGAGCCGCAAGCAGCACACGCAACACCACUCCCACCACCCCCACCACUCCCACCACCCCCACCCGCGCCACUGCACCCACCACCCCCACAACCCCCACGGCUACCAGCAUUGCAUCAGCAGCAGGCAGCCCCCUCCACAGCACCGCCACCACCCCCACGGGCGGCAGCGGCAGAAGCAGCGGCAGCGGCAGCGGCAGGAGCCCGGCGCGGCUGCCAGCAGGGCAGCGGUCGCGCGUGUUCACCCCCGCAGACCUCGCCCGCGCCACCGACAACUUCCACUCGUCCCGCCUGGUGGGGUCGGGUGCGUAUGGCCCCGUGUUCCGCGGGGCCAUCCACGGCUGUGACGUGGCCGUCAAGCGCCUAAGGGCGCGCGAGGGGCGCGCGCGCAGCGAGGGCCGAGAGGCGUUCAAGCGCGAGGUGCAGGUGCUGAGCCGCGUGCGGCACCCCAACGUGGUGCUGCUCAUGGGGUGCUGUCCGCAGGACCUCUCGCUUGUCUAUGAGUUCAUGGCGGGGGGGAGCCUGCAGCACCGCCUGGCAGCGCAGCACAAGCGGGGCGCGCAGGAGCAGGAGAAGGCAGGGAGCAGCGGCGGCAAGUCGCCGUCCUUCUCCUCUUCCUCCUCCUCCGGCCAGCUCUCCUCCCUUUCCCCCAUGUCCCCUUCCCCCCCCGCCUCCCCCAUCGCCUUGUCGCCAUCCCCCCUGCCUUGGCACGACCGGCUGCGGAUUCUCUCCGAGGUGGCCUCGGCGCUGCUGUACCUGCACCGCUGCUCGCCGCCCAUCGUGCACCGCGACUUAAAGCCCGACAACAUCCUUCUCGACGCGCACGGCACCAGCAAGAUCGCGGACGUGGGGCUCGCAUGCCUGUUACGGGACGGCAGCACGGUGGUAACCACACACCGCAUGCGUGGCACCGUGGGAUUCAUCGACCCGGAGGCCAUUGCAUGUGGCGAGCUCUCCCCCGCCUCCGAUGUGUAUGCGCUGGGGGUGGUGGCGCUCAUGCUGCUCACCGGUGCCGACUCCCCCAAGCACGUGCACCGCCUGCUCGCCCUCUGCCCCACCACCAUCUCCUCCCCACCACCCCCCUCCCCCACCACCCCUCACGCCACCGCUGGCACCGACGCCGACUGCGACCCGCCUCUGACGCCCAGGAGCGCCCUGCCGGCUGUGCCCACACGCGACCUUCCCCAGUCAGUGGCCAUCCUGCUGCCGCACCUUGACACGCUGGCGGGCGCGUGGCCUGCUGACGUGGCGCAGCGGGUGCUGCGGGUGGCAGUGCGGUGUGUGGAGCGGGAUGCGCGCAUGCGGGCGGACCUGGCGGGGGAGGUGGUGCCCGCGUUCAGCGAGGCGGCCGCUGCUGGCCGGGCCGAUGUAACUCGGCGCAGUGAUGCCCUCGAAAGCACUCUUGUUUGCCCGCUGUCCAAGCAACGCAUGGAGGACCCAGUGAUAGCAGCGGACGGGUUCACAUACGAGCGGCGCCACAUGGAGGCGUGGCUGGCGUCGUCGCUCCUCUCGCCCUCCACCGGCCAGCCCCUCCCCCACCCGGGGCUCACCCCCAAUCACCUCCUGCGCUCCAUCAUCCUCGGCUCCCAGGGCAACCAGGCCUCCCGCAACUGA